AUGCAAAUCUUUGCCAACCAAUAUUCAAGACAAGGAGGAGAUUACUCUGGACUAACAGGACUUGGUUUUAUAGUUUGA